UGUAUUCCGUCAGCAUCAUUCCAUUAAUUGGCUCAGAGAAGCAAAAAUCUGAGAGAAAAUGAAACUCAGAGGGUUCAUUCAUUGCUUUGUCUUUGCAUUUUUCGGAUUGCUUCAGCAAUCCGUACAAGGGCGGCCGUUGCUGACGUCAGCACCCAGGCCCUGGCGUGAUGAUACGGCGUUGUUUGCCCGGUGGUUGGUUUCACAGAGUUCAUGGGGUGUACUCAGCACGAUAUCCGGUGAAUGGGGAGGAGCGCCGUUCGGAAAUGUGGUUUCAUUUAGUGAUGGGUUGCCUGACGAAGGAAAAGGCAUCCCUUACUUCUACUUGACAACCCUUGAUCCAACAGCACGAAAUGCUUUGGAGGACCAGAGGGCUUCCUUCACGUUGAGCGAAUAUAACCUUGGGACUUGUGGCAAGGAAGACCCUGAGGACCCCUCUUGUUCGAAAAUCACGAUUGUGGGAAAGCUACACCAACUUGAGGGUAAUCCUGACGAAGAAGAAUUCGCUCGAACUGCAUUGUUCACAAAGCAUCCUGCAAUGAAGUGGUGGCCUAAAGGUCACGAUUUCCAGAUCUUCAAAUUAGAUGUCGAAAAUAUAUUCUUGAUCAAUUGGUACGGGGGUGCUAAGCCUAUUACUGCAGAACAGUACCUCAAUGCAGAUAUUGACCCUGCAUCCGCUGCACGUUGACUGCAUGAUCAUUGUCCAUCCUAUCAUUGUUUGUGCACAGAGGAACUCGUCGACCCUUCUGCUUGAAGGUAUCGUGUAUAUUGGACAUGCUCCAAGCCAGCUGAUUGGAGGAAAACAUACGAAUAAUCGAACUUUAACUGUGUGUAUAUAUACAUAAUCGUGCAAAAUCUGUGUGCUACAUAUUGAUGUAAAUUACUGUUUCUGAGUAUAUUGUUUGAAACCUGUUUGUGCAGUCACAUUGUAAAUUUAUUUCAAGGGUCUCUCUCUCGAGUGCAUUCUGUUUA